AGGGCGUGGGUCCGGCGCUGCCGGCGAGCAGGUGACACCGCGGCUGCCCGGCGCCGUGUGCGCGGCAUGUGCGCGCCCGUGUAGCGGGGCGGCCCCAUGGGCGGCGGCGCCGGCUCCUGCCUCUGCCCCCCGUCUCUGGAAGCCCGGGCAGGAAACGCUCCUCAUGUCUUCCAGAUAAAAAUAAAAGCGACUCCUUUCUCCCGGCCGCAGAGUGUCCCCGCGCCCGGCCCGACGCGGGGCUGAGCUGGCCCCGCCGCCCGGCAGCGCCUCUCGCCGCCGCUCAUGGACAUCGCGACGGGUCCCGAGUCCUUGGAGAGGUGCUUCCCGCGGGGCCCACCGGACUGCGCCAAGAUGCUGGACGGCAUUAAAAUGGAAGACCACCCCCUGCGCUCGGGGCCGGCCACGCUGGGAGUGCUGCUGGGGUCGGAGUGCCAGCACCAGGCCGUCUGCGAGGGCUGCCAGCGGCCCAUCUCGGACCGGUUCCUGAUGCGGGUGAACGAGUCCUCCUGGCAUGAGGAGUGCCUACAGUGCGCCGCGUGCCAGCAGGCGCUCACCACCAGCUGCUACUUCCGGGACCGCAAGCUCUACUGCAAGCAGGACUACCAACAGCUGUUUGCUGCCAAGUGCAGCGGCUGCAUGGAGAAGAUCGCGCCGACGGAGUUCGUGAUGCGCGCCCUGGAGUGCGUGUACCACCUGAGCUGCUUCUGCUGCUGCGUCUGCGAGCGCCAGCUGAGGAAAGGGGACGAGUUUGUCCUCAAGGAAGGGCAGCUGCUCUGCAAAAGUGACUAUGAGAAAGAGAAAGACUUGUUGAGCUCAGUCAGCCCAGACGACUCAGACUCAGUCAAAAGUGAUGAUGAAGAUGGAGAUGUUAAGCCCACCAAAGGCCAAGUAACCCAAGGAAAAGGAAGCGAUGAUGGGAAGGACCCAAGAAGACCCAAACGACCACGGACAAUACUUACCACACAGCAGAGACGAGCGUUCAAAGCGUCCUUUGAAGUGUCCUCUAAGCCCUGCAGGAAGGUCAGAGAAACACUGGCAGCUGAAACAGGGCUCAGCGUGCGAGUCGUCCAAGUCUGGUUUCAAAACCAAAGAGCAAAGAUGAAAAAGCUAGCACGAAGGCACCAACAGCAGCAGGAGCAACAGAACUCGCAGCGACUAGGGCAAGAAGUAAUGUCCAACCGAAUGGAAGGGAUGAUGACAUCUUACACACCACUUGCACCACCACAGCAGCAGAUUGUAGCAAUGGAGCAAAGCAGUUAUGGCACAGACCCAUUUCAGCAGGGUCUUACCCCUCCACAAAUGCCAGGCGACCACAUGAACCCCUAUGGAAACGACUCCAUUUUUCAUGAUAUCGACAGUGAUACCUCUUUAACUAGCUUGAGCGACUGUUUUCUUGCCUCUUCCGAAGUUAACUCCAUGCAGGCUAGAGUAGGAAACCCCAUUGACAGGCUGUACUCUAUGCAGAGCUCCUAUUUCGCCUCAUGAAAAUAAAGAGAACUAACAGCCGGCGUGUGUUUAGCCAGUGACUUUUCCAGUGCAGACUCUACAGCCAUAUGUUGCCCAGCUCUUCCUUCACAGUGACUCUGCUGCCUCUGGACUGCAAAGAGCAUUUUUUUAGGAAGACUGUCUCUGUUUGCAUAUAUGUGUAUGUAUGUACAUAUAUUUUAAUACCUACAUACAUACAUAUAUAGAGAGACAAAACACAUCCACCCGUCCCAUACCCUUGGUUCCCAGCUGGCGCCAGACCACGAGACAAGCACGGAAGGAACAGAAGAACCUGCUCGUCCUCAGCCUUUGAUCUGGUUUGGUUUGAGCUCAUCAUCUUAAAAGAAAUGGAUUUUGUGGAAAGCUAGACCUUUUCCUCCUCUCUCUUCUCCUUUCUUUUGGAUGUCUAAACUUUUUUUUUAGCCACUGAUACUGGCAUCAGUCAACCGUAUGACAAAUAAAUCAAAGAAACUGGA